AUGGACAAGGGCUCAUCGGCGCCGAGAGAGGUGCUCGCUUCGUCGCUUGAUGACGCGGCCUGCUUGUUCGUCGAAGCGCGCACGGAAACGCUGCGCAUGGCAAAUAUCAACGAGUUUUUCAUCUGCAAGCUAUGUAAGGGCUACUUCCGAGACCCCUACACGUCCAAAGAAUGUCUUCACACCUUCUGCUACGGCUGCAUCCGAGGAUACUACCUGUACCACCCCAAGUCAUCGUCCUGUCCAACGUGCAAUGUGAACCUCGGUGCCAAGCCGUUGGCCAAGAUCCUGUGCGUACAAGACGUUCCUCAUGUUGCUAACUCCAAUUGGUAA